UAAAUACACUUCAAACCCAUCUUCUCCAAUACCUGCCAUCUUUCCCACAAAAUACCAGCUUCUAAACUCUCCCAGUUUUUGCUCCCAAAUGGCCUCUCUCGUAGUUUUCAUCACACUCGUCUCUAUUUCUCUCCUCCAUAUCCUGUCAGGAGUCUAUUCAGCGUCGACAUUUACAAUCGUAAACAAGUGCGGCUACACAGUAUGGCCAGGCAUUCUAUCUGGCGCCGGGACCGCCGAGCUCCCAACCACCGGCUUCACCCUCCAACCCGGCGAGUCCAACAUGCUCGCCGUGCCGACCUCCUGGUCAGGCCGCUUAUGGGGUCGAACCCUUUGCGCCCAGGACUCCACCGGCGGGUUCUCGUGCGUCACAGGCGACUGCGGCUCGUCCACCAUAGAAUGCGCCGGUCGCGGAGCAGCGCCGCCGGCCACGCUAGCCGAGUUCACUCUAAACGGCGCUAAUGGGCUCGACUUCUAUGACGUCAGCCUCGUGGACGGUUAUAACCUCCCUAUGACGGUUGUGCCGCAGGGUGGAACCGGAGGGAUGUGUAACACGACGGGUUGCGUGGUGGACAUGAACGGUGCGUGUCCUACGGAGCUUAAGGUUAUGAGCGCGGGUAAUGAGAGCGUGGCCUGUAAAAGCGCGUGCGAGGCGUUCGGGGACCCGCAGUACUGUUGCAGUGGGGCCUACGCGUCUCCGGCUACGUGCAAGCCAAGCUCGUACUCGGAGUUCUUUAAGAGUGCGUGCCCACUCGCUUACAGCUACGCCUACGAUGACGGCACCAGUACCUUUACCUGUGCAUCCGCGGAUUACGUCGUCACUUUCUGCCCACAGCCAGCCAGCAGCGUGAAGUCAACGAAUGGGCAAAUCCCUUUGUCAGCCGAUCCCUCAGCGGGCACUCGUGACACAUCCGCAAAUCUCAUUGGCGCUGUUAUGGCGGUUGCGGCAGCUAUCUUGACUCUCCCAAAGCACUGAUGGGGUCCAAUUCUUUGGAGCAGCUUGGAAAUGCUGUGAGAUUUGUACAUGUACGAUGAAUAGAUGUGAAGAGUAUCAUUACUUGACAAGUGAAUUUACAAUCCUGUUUCGGUGAGGCGUUUUAAUAGAAUACUGAAAUCGUAAGAGAUUCCGAUCUAAGCCUGCAUGAUAUCCAAGCCCCCGCGACUUUGUCAAACUUUUGGGGGUCAGAUUAUCUGGUGGGGGCAUGGUGGGAUUCGCAAGUUUUGGCAGAGAUCGAGGCAAGUUGCUGGUGGCCUGCCGGCAAAAGUUGCUUUGGGGUUAAAAACUGGACGGCUUCAUUACUGGCCUGAAAUUUUGUUUGAUUCUCUUUCCCAACUUGAGGAAGAACUUUCGGGUGCAAGAUGGUGAUGGGGGUUUGUCAUUCAGCCAAAGGAAUACAAACAUAAACAUCAAUGAAUGCAUCAGCAUCCUCGUCGGGAUCUUUGAUUUGGAAAGCAAGAAAGCAUGAGUUAGCACUAGAGUUGGGAAGUUUUGUUAUUUGUUAAACUCGACUGGCCAGGAUUUAAAGUUUGAGGAUUUAACAUUGGAUCGAUUGUGAUGUUCCUUUUGACCAAGAUGUAUUAUUUUUAAACUUUGCUUACUUAUAAUGCCAAAAUAAGUUAACAUC